GAAUAUUCGCCAUGUGCAACUAUAGAAAAUAAUCUCUAGAGUCUCAUGAAAUCCAGGUGGGUGGGUGACACUCGUUUCAGCUUUACUUAUAGCCUUAUUAGCACGCCAAAUCUGAACAUAGAAAACACAAGUUUACAACCUUUUAUUAAUUUACUCGAUAAGAUAUUUUUCAACCAAAAAACAGUUUGGCCACUAUGUGGUGGGUCAGAGUGAUAUUGGUGCAACUUCUGCCGUUUACCUGCCGUGCUAGUACCGAUCAACAGCAUUCUUGUCCAGCUUCAUCUUGUGGCAAAAUUUCUAACAUAAGUUACCCAUUUCGAUUAAAAGAUGACCCAAUUCAUUGCGGCGAUAGAAGGUAUGAACUAUCAUGUGAAAAUAAUGUGACAACUUUAUAUUUAUACUCUUCAAAAUAUCAUGUCAAGUCCAUCAACUACAACAAUUUCACAAUCCGAUUGGUUGAUUCUGGAAUUCAACAAGAUAAUUGUUCUUCACUUCCACUCAAUUCCCUAUCUCAAUCCAAUUUCUGUGUUAGAUACAAUUAUUUGGACAAAUAUUGCACGGAUCCAUACCAACCCGUGCUUGAUAAUAUCCUUCUUUUUGAGUAUAUAGUAUAUUUGAAUUGUAGCCAUCAAGUUACUAACAAUCAUAAAUAUGUUGAUACUGUUCCAUGCUUCGAUUGGAACUCGAAAUCCAAAGGAUAUUAUAUUUAUGCUAUGGCUGGUGAUUUAAUUGCUGAAGAUUUUCAAGUUGGUUGUCACGUUGAAUUAGUGGCUCCUACAUCUUGGUUGGGAAAUUUGCAAGCAAUUGAAAUAGUUUCUUAUGAUCAAAUGCACAAGGUGUUAGUAUAUGGAUUUGAGAUUACAUGGUUUCUUCAUAUGUGUCAAACACGUUGUGGAGAUACACGCUUCUGUUCAUUCAACACUACCACCCAGAAACUUGAAUGCAAUCGCUUAUGCCGCAGUUCCUUAUUCGGAGGUUGGAGUAAUCGUUGUGGAUGGUCCGAGUUGAGUUUAUACGCUAAAGAUACUAUCAUAGCUGUCUGGAUAGGAUUAUUUGAAAUGAUAAAAGGACCAAACCAAAUAUACGAUGGUGAAACUGUGUAUCAAGUAGGAUUGGCAACUGGACACUAUGUUCUACCAUCAUUCUUGGCAGCUAGAUUUCUAUUUGGGAUGACAUUAUUUAUUGCCUUCUUGAUAUACAAAUGGAGGAAGAGGCAUUUGUCAAUGUUUGAAUAUAUUGAAAUGUAUCUACAACAACAAAAUAACCUCAUACCAAUUGGAUAUUCAUACAAAGAAAUUAAGAAAAUGGCUAAAGGUUUCAAAGACAAAUUGGGUGAAGGAGGUUUUGGAACUGUGUUUAAAGGCAAUCUACGUAGUGGACCUUGUGUGGCAAUCAAGAUGUUGGCUAGUUCGAAAGGUAAUGGACAAGAUUUUAUUAGUGAAGUAGCAACCAUCGGAAGGAUACAUCAUUUGAAUGUGGUGCAGUUAAUUGGAUUUUGUGCCGAGGGAUCAAAACGUGCUCUCGUUUAUGAUUUCAUGCCUAAUGGAUCUCUCGAUAAAUAUAUUUUCUCUAAAGAAGGGAGCGUAAAUAUAAGCUACAAUCAAAUUUUUGACAUAUCGAUUGGAGUAGCUCGUGGGAUUUCUUAUCUCCAUCAUGGAUGUGAAAUGAAGAUUUUGCAUUUUGAUAUCAAGCCUCACAACAUCCUUCUUGACGAGAACUUCACCCCAAAAGUCUCUGACUUUGGACUAGCUAAGUUAUAUCCUGUACAGAAUAGCAUUAUUACAAUGACUGCAGCAAGAGGUACAAUUGGAUAUAUGGCUCCAGAGUUGUUCUACAAAAAUCUUGGAGGAGUAUCCUAUAAGGCUGAUGUUUAUAGCUUUGGUAUGCUUUUGAUGGAGAUGGCAGGUAGAAGGAAAAACCUUAAUCCCCAUGCAGAGCAUUCAAGCCAACUUUACUUUCCUUUAUGGAUUUAUGAUCAAGUUGAAAAAGUGGGAGACAUAGAAAUGGAAGAUACCACCGAGGAGGAAAAGAAAAUAGUAAAGAAGAUGAUCAUAGUCGCACUUUGGUGUAUACAAUUAAAACCAAAUGAUCGUCCCACAAUGAGUAAAGUAGUGGAAAUGCUCGAAGGUGACGUUGAAAGCCUUGAAAUACCUCCAAAGCCACUACUUUAUCCACAAGAAACAGUUGUAGACGAUCAAAGAACUACCUUUGACCAAACAACGUCGAGUGAUUACACUAGUUCUUAUGAUUCUGGGGAAAUAGUAAAUGCUUCUCUUAUAGAGAAUAUUGAUUGAAUGUUCCCAAAAACAAUUGUUUGCAUCCACUCUGUUUUAAUAAACACUUGUUCUUAUGUAAUGCUUCAUUUGUCAAUA